AUGCCCAUCCUGCUGUUCCUUAUAGACACGUCCGCCUCUAUGAACCAGCGCACUGACUUGGGCACCUCCUAUUUGGACAUUGCCAAAGGUGCUGUGGAGUUAUUUUUGAAGGUAAAGGGAAGGGAGGGGAGAGAUGGGAAGAUCUCCCGUGGGGGUGGGGGUGGGGUGGAUUUAGGUGCUUCUGUAACGUUUGUGUUGCCCUUUCCUCCCUCCUUCCCUUCGCGGGCCCCCUCUGUCAUCCCUCUCCCGCAGCUGCGCGCCCGGGACCCAGCCAGCCGCGGAGACAGGUACAUGCUGGUCACCUACGACGAACCCCCGUACUGCAUCAAGGCUGGUUGGAAGGAAAAUCAUGCAACAUUCAUGAGUGAACUAAAAAAUCUUCAGGCUUCUGGACUGACGACCCUUGGUCAGGCUCUAAGAUCCUCAUUUGAUUUGUUAAAUCUCAAUAGAUUGAUAUCUGGAAUAGACAAUUAUGGACAGGGGAGAAAUCCAUUUUUUCUAGAACCAUCUAUUUUAAUUACCAUCACAGAUGGAAAUAAGUUAACAAGUACAGCUGGUAUUCAAGAAGAGCUUCAUCUUCCUUUGAAUUCUCCCCUGCCUGGGAGUGAACUAACCAAAGAACCUUUUCGUUGGGAUCAGAGGUUAUUUGCCCUAGUGUUACGUUUGCCUGGAUUGGCUUCUACUGAGCCAGAGCAACUAGGGAGUGUACCAACUGAUGAAUCUGCUAUCACACAGAUGUGUGAAGUCACCGGAGGUCGUUCCUACUGUGUUAGAACACAAAGAAUGUUGAAUCAGUGUUUAGAAUCUCUAGUUCAAAAAGUUCAGAGUGGUGUGGUUAUUAACUUUGAAAAAACAGGACCAGAUCCACUUCUUAUUGGAGAAGAUGGACUUAUGGAUUCAUCUAGGCCAAACAAUUCAUUUGCUGCUCAACCAUGGCAUAGUUGUCAUAAGCUCAUUUAUGUACGACCUAACUCUAAAACUGGUGUUCCUGUUGGACAUUGGCCAAUUCCAGAAUCUUUUUGGCCAGAUCAGAAUUUACCUUCACUACCUCCACGAACGUCUCAUCCUGUUGUGAGAUUCUCCUGUGUAGAUUGUGAGCCAAUGGUAAUAGACAAACUUCCCUUUGACAAAUAUGAACUUGAACCUUCACCUUUAACUCAGUACAUCCUGGAACGAAAAUCUCCCCAUACUUGCUGGCAGGUAUUUGUUACUAGCAGUGGAAAAUACAAUGAACUUGGAUAUCCAUUUGGUUAUUUAAAAGCCAGUACAACUUUAACUUGUGUAAACCUCUUUGUGAUGCCCUACAACUACCCAGUUUUACUCCCUCUUUUAGAUGACUUGUUUAAAGUUCACAAGCUUAAGCCAAAUCUGAAGUGGCGUCAGGCUUUUGAUGGCUACUUAAAAACUCUGCCUCCAUAUUACCUAUUACCAUUAAAGAAAGCACUAAGGAUGAUGGGAGCUCCAAAUCUGAUAUCAGAUAAUUUAGAUUGUGGACUUAGUUACAGUGUUAUCUCUUACCUUAAAAAACUCAGCCAACAGACCAAACUAGAGUCAGAACGAAUUCUAGCAUCAGUGGGGAAGAAACCUCCCCAGGAAAUUGGAAUCAAAGUGAAAAAUCAUUCUGGAGGUGGUAUGUCCUUGACUCACAAUAAAAAUUUCCGAAAACUAUUGAAAGAAAUCAUAGGGGAAACUUCGUCAAGACUGACUGAAUUGAAUACCAAAGAAUUUGCUGGCUUUCAAGUAGGGCUUUUAAACAAGGAUUUGAAACCUCAGACAUAUAGAAAUGCUUAUGAUAUUUCACGUAGAGAUCUUUUAGACCAGUUAACCAGAAUGAGAUCCAAUCUGCUGAAAACACACAAUUUUAUUGUUGCACAAGAUGAAGAUUCCCUUCAUAGUGUUCCAGUCGCACAAAUGGGAAACUACCAGGAAUAUCUAAAGACAUUGGCUUCUCCACUUCGAGAGAUUGAUCCAGAUCAACCCAAAAGACUGCAUACUUUUGGCAAUCCAUUUAAACAAGAUAAAAAGGGAAUGAUGAUUGAUGAAGCAGAUGAGUUUGUAACAGGGCCACAAAACAAAGUGAAACGUCCUGGAGAACCCAACAGCCCUCUGUCAUCUAAGAGAAGGCGGAGUAUGUCCCUGCUGUUGAGGAAACCACAAACACCACCUACUGUAACUAACCAUGUGGGCGGAAAGGGACCACCUUCAGCCUCGUGGUUCCCAUCUUAUCCAAACCUCAUAAAACCCACUCUUGUACAUACAGAUGCUACUGUCACUCACGAUGUCCAUGAGGAGAAGAUGGAAAAUGGUCAAAUCCUACCUGAUGGCUUCUUGUCAAAAUCUGCUGCACCAGAGCUUAUGAAUAUGACAGGAGAUGGUAUUCCACCCAACCGAUUGGAUUCUCUGUCUGAUGACUUUACUAGUCUAAGGAAAGAUGUCCUGAUUAACAAACCUUGUAGUAAUGCACUUGGAGGAACCAAAAACUGCAGUGUCCCCGCAGAUGAUCAGAAAGUCUCAGUAACAACUUUCAGAACUGUGCCAAAUACAUUGCAGAUAACUCCUGCGAUGGCACAAGGAAUCAAUGCUGAUAUAAAACAUCAGUUAAUGAAAGAAGUUCGAAAAUUUGGACGAAAGUAUGAAAGAAUUUUCAUUUUGCUCGAAGGAGUGCAAGGACCUCUUGUAGUCAAGAAACAAUUUGUUGAAUUUACCAUCAAGGAAGCUGCAAGAUUUAAAAGACGAGUCUUAAUCCAGUACCUUGAGAAGGCACUAGAAAAAAUGGAUUCCCACCACCUUCUUAACAACAUUAAUCACAUCAACAGCAGAUCUUCAUGUUAAUGCAAAGACCAAGGAGAAAAAAAGGACAAGUUUUCUGUGCUGUAGGAUGGAACAGGAUAUUGUUGAAGCUUCCUAGAAUGCUUUAGUCAAGGGAAUUGCCUUCCACAAGCUAAGAAAAAGCUGUGUAAAUUUUUAUAUUUUAUGAAUUCUAGCAGUAAAAGCUGGCUUUUGCCCUAAGAAUUUCCUCUAAAAGUAUUAAUUUGUGUUGUUUCUUUUCCCAAUUGAGUUAGGUAAUGCUAUUAAUGCAGCAGGUUAAAUUCAGUAAACACUGUCGCCCCUACCACAGGUGAUAAAGGUUCACUCAUCUGGGCAUUUCCAGAGUGACUAGGGCCCACAUGUAAAUAGAGCACUACUUGGUGCUCUUACUAUGUCCUUUAGAAAGAACAGAAGUUCAGAGUCCAACUGGUAAUCUUGUGUCUGCUGAACAAUGUUUUCAACAAUUUCCAGCUGUGCCUUUUAAACAGUGACAUAUUCAGGACAGUUUGAAUCAAAGAGUAAAAAAGCUGCUAUUCGGGUAAUUUAUUUC